AAUGUGUGCCAUUACACCACCUAUUGGUGAAUCAUGUGCUGGCCACACAGUUCCUCAUAGGAUCAGCCAGUGGAAAUAAUCUUUCAAACUCGGCUGUGGAAGUGUGACAUUAUUUUUUGGAUAAACCUCCUUUCUGCUUUGCAGCCUAGAAUUCCAUCACGAAACAUUUGCUCUUUGGCGUCAAGCUCAUUUAAUAUUUGGCUUUCAAAAUAUCUCAUAGGUACUUUUAAAUUCACAUAAAGCUGUACAUGCUCCCAGCUGUGUUUAGUAUAAUGCCCUCUUAGCCCUCAUCACUGCAGUGGAUGUCAGUAACAAACAUUGUGUGGAUGAGCUUAAGAUAGCCUCCGCCACUAGUUAAUAGAUAAACUCUUAUCUCCUCUAAGCAGAUGGGGCUCCUUCACAGUGAAUGCGGCAUAAUCGUGCAGUGUUAUUGGUGCGUUCCUCACACUGACGUCGCUCUGUAUCGGCUGUGCAACAAACGGACUAGAACAAUGAACAGAUAAUUAUAUUUUAAGGAUGACUGGCACAGCAGGAGGUAAGUUCCAAGUUGGCUAGACUAUAAAAGGAUGCUCUGCAGUUUAAUCUUAGCUGUCUUCCUGGUCUGGGCCACAUCAAGCGCACACACCACUGGUCGGCCCUGCCUGUGUUCAGCUCUCCUUCCUGAGGGUCUGCAGGUCAACUGCAGCUCUUUAGACCUGGUGGAGCUGCCCACUCUGCCCUCAGACACCACAGAGCUCCAUGUUCAGGACAACCGGCUCACCUCAGUGUCUCCCGGCCAUUUUGACAGACUGGUUGCUCUGAAAAAGGUCUCACUUUCGGGAAACCCCUUCCACUGCGACUGUAGGAUCCAAUACCUGAGGAGCUGGUUGCUGAGGAACAGGGCCGUUGUCUUAAAGGAGCCGAUAUGUACCGGCCCAGACUCUAUGGUUCAGAAAGUCAUCACUGAACUCAGCGAUGAAUACUUCUCCUCCUGUGUGCUGGCAGUCUGUACUGAUAGUACUUAUAACACUGUGAUUGGAGUGGUGCUAUGCUUCCUCAUUCUUCUGCUUCUGUGGAGCUUGAGACUAGCAAAAACGUCCAGCUUCACACUGUACAUUUGUGAGAGACAUUUAGGAUUGGAGGCCGACUCUUUGCGCUCACUGAGGCCUAAACACAGGAGGAGGCUACACACUGCACCGCUGGAGGUCACUGUGGAUUCUCUCAUUUGUGCGGGGGAACUAGAAAAAACACUCAACAUGGAGUUACUGCCACAAGUACUGGAUGUGUUGCACAAGAAGCACACUAUAAAGAUAAAGGCUACCUGAGGGACCUACUAUAAUGGAAUUGCUGAAACACUAGAGGAGAAUAGAGUUGACGGAAGCACAACGAUUGUCUUUGUUUGUUGCAAUAAAGUUGUUUUAAUGCUGAACGGCCACAGCCAUUCUGAGACUUCUUCUAGGUAACUGAUUUUUAUUUCUGUAACCUAAAUCUAGUUUACUUAUAAAAGCAGUGAAGGCUACAAAUAAAAACAUGAUGACUUACCCAUUUAAAAAAGUGUCUUUGGUACACUGCAAGUCAUUACAUGUGAUAUGUUUUUUAGCUUUUGAUAACAGAAAUAAGCAAAAAUUAGACACUAAAUUAGAGAUAUAAGAGCAAUGAGGACUAUUUUGCCCUCUGAAUGUAUUAUACUCAUCAGUCUAUGCAUGUUAUAUUUGCUUUACAACUGAUCUCACUACAUGACUCAAUACUGAGCUAGCUGAGCAUGUAUGACAGUGUAUAUCUUGUAGAAAAAAACAAUACUGCGCUAACUGAGAAUGAUCAUUGUCUUGAUUACUUGUGAUAGGUUGUUGGUCGUUUUUGAUUGUAAAAAAUGCAUCACAGUUUGCAUAACAUGUGUAACUAUUCCAUGUAUGUUCUUACAGUAAGGUAUUUCCAAUGAGUGCAAAAACUGUAAAUGAUCAGAUAUGGAGCGGUACAGUUGUUGAUUCGUAUUGGAAUUUAAUCUUAAUACAUUUCCAGGUAGCUUUUGUUUCUGGAUAUAGAAUAUUCGACAUUAUAAUAAACAGGUUAUGGCAGGAAGGUAUGGUAACAGACAACAAAGAUGAUGUGUGCAAAUACUGGUCUCAACUAGAGAAAAUGUAGACAGACAUUUCUAUUAGAGGACAAUACUGCAAAUCAAACAGUACAGUACAUGUAUUCAUCUCAUAUACAUGCAUAGAUUUUCCAAGAUAAAUGGGUAAAUAAAUGUCUUAAAAUGGAAUAAUAAAAAUGCACCUUCAGAAUAAAGGUAAACCGUUAUCUGAAUAUGCUUCUUAAAAA